CUUCCCGCCUCCACCCGUCCAACGUACUUCGUUUUUGAAGAAACAUGGCACUUGCAGCACACCUGAAGCAAGAUGACAUUGCUGCAGCUAUCCAGGCUUGUCAAGCCCCAGGGACUUUCAACUUCCAGGCAUUCUUUGAACAUGUGGGCCUGCUAGGUAAAGCUGCUUCCGACGGGGAGAAGGUGUUCAAGGCCCUGGACCAGGACAAGAGCGGAUUCAUUGAAAAAGAGGAGCUGAAACGCUUCCUCCAGAACUUCUGCCCGAAGGCCAGAGAGCUCACAGAGGCCGAGACCAACACUCUCCUGGCAGCUGGAGACAGUGAUGGAGACGGCAAAAUUGGCAUGCAAGAGUUUGCUGCUCUUGUAAAGGCUUAAAUUUUCAUCCGACCAAGACCCUUCAAAUAUCAAGGAACCAGAACUCACGACAGCUCACAUCUUUCUCAGCCGAACAUUUUUUUUAUAUGAUCUUAUUUAUGACUGACUUUGGACAGUUGACUCAGUUUUGAGUACAGUGUCUGGAUGAGGGUUCUGGUUGUGUUAGUUGGAUGUUGUAUUUCAAGCCCACUGGCUUGUGCACAUGUACAAUCUUGAAUGCACUUCUGGGGAAGAGUGAAAAACGAGGAAUAAAUAUAGUUUUGGUGUA